UCAGGCGAAAGAGGCCCGCAGGGAAAGAAUGGUUCAUAAUUGUUAAAAUUAGUUCAUUUUUAUUUACACAGGACAGUGCAAUUGUUCAUUGCCAGAUUUAUACAUUCAUCGGAUUCCCGUCCCUGGGCCGCCUGUUCCAGUUGACAAACUCGUACCGGUUCCAAUUGUGUUAGUCAAAGAAGUAGAAAUAACUAAGUUUAUAAAUUAAAGAGACUAAUACUUAAAAAUUUGAAUGGUAUUUCUUAGACUUGUCCCGUUCGAACCAACACCACCCGGCUUUGCCGUAAGGAAUUUCUUUUUCAUUUAUGAAUUUUUUGUAAAUAGCCACCACUUGGAUGGCGCCCGGGCAUGCCAAUGCCAGAUAAAGCACACACACGUCCUAUCCCCAAGCCAGGUGUAAUUCACUCAAAAGGUCCAUUCCGUUUCUGGUGGACUCGUCCUUAUCGGAAACGUCCUACUUUAUCAUCUCACACUAUUACUGGGCCAACACCGCCCCCACGCGAAUGGAGUCCCAGAGUAGAGGUGAAUGUGACAAUGAAUCAGACAACAUUAAUACAAGAACCAACCGAACAAGUAAAACGAGAAUGUAAGUUGAAUGCAGUUGGCAUUCCUGUUCUGCAUGCCGACUCCCAAUAUGGUGCUACUGGUUCCUGGUAAAUAAGGAUGGAAUCCGUAAUGUACACA